AUGGGUAAUACACAGGCAGGGGAAAAACAUCAUAAAACCGGAAAAUCGCCCGCAAAAGGCAGGCAUUUCAUGAGAAACCUAAAUAAAAGGGCGUCAGGGAGGGAAAACAAAAAGCACGGUCGUAAAAAGAGCGCAAAACGCGAGACAAUAGAUAAGGAAUUCGAUAAAACAUCAGAAUCAGAUAACAAUGAAACGAUUGAGGCAUCCGAUAACGAUAUGGUCGAGUGCGUGUUUAAAACAUCGCGAGUAGAGGGGAGCGCGGAGACGAGUGUGCAGUCAGAGGUAACGGUGACCAGGUGCGUGCGGUCACCGACCCGCGACCACUCGCCCGGCAUCUCCGCACCGCCGCUGCCUCAUGUCGCUUCGCCCGCGGACGGCUCCACCUCGGACUCAGUGUUCACAGACCCUCUCACGCCGCUCGCCGUCGAGCUGAACCAAUGCUAUUACUCCGCGGAAAGUGACAGCGCGCACGACGAGCUCCCGCGCACCCUCACUCCCCCUCCGGCCGAUGCGCGCCCGCAUUCCGACUUUUCUUCCGACGACACCGACAUGCCGCACGAGGAAAAUGUUUCCUUGUCAGCUCGCGAUAUUAUAGAAAAAGAAAAAAGUGACGUAUUCGAUGACGGAAGUGACAGGGAUGAAAGUGAAAAGGUUAUGGGCACUUUAUUUUCAAAAUCGAAAGAGGAGCCGUUUGACCGUAGAACGCAUGAGUGCAAUCAUGAUUUCCUUGAUAACCGGUUAAAAGCAUCCGCCGGCCAAGCCUCAUUCACGUUAUCCAGACAUCGGAAGGUCGAACUGCCUCCAGUUGCCGCAGAAUCAUCACUCGACAUAUUAGACGACGAAAAAGAUAGGCGCCAUUCUAGUGUAAGCGACGCGCCAAUGACAGAAUCCAACGUGCUCAGAAAAGUGGCUUCAUUGACGUUGGACAAGCACACAGAGAGUAAAGUCGUGCGUCCCAAAUUUGUUCCAGAGAAGUUGGAUUUUCAACUGUAUGAAAAAUUUGAAGGGCAGAUGCUUUUAAAUUGGUUUGUAUCGUCAGCUGAAGCAGAUUUAUCAAAGAACAUAUCAAACAGCCAAGAUCUAAGAAUUCUUGGUAUUCAAUACUGUACCCACCUACUGGCAGCUGGAGUGCUGCGCCAAAUAUGUGAUAAAGAUGCACCUACCGAAAAAAUAUUUAAGCCAAACUUAAUGUAUUAUUGGGCACACAUGGAACCGCCAGUAUCUCAACCUGUCGCUCCAGGUCGUCUACAUACCACAUCAUGGCCUCCUCAAAAAGAACCUUUUUCUGGAAAACAAAUUCAGUCUUAUCAAACAAUGAAUACUCAACAAUUUUAUAGUUUAAACAAUAAUGAAGAAAUCAGUGAUAUCACAGAAGCUAAGCUUGUUAUUGCUGAUUUAAAAAGAAAACUUCUAGAGUUAGAACAACAAUUGGAAAAUUAUAGAGAACUUUCAAUAGGUGGAACAGAAAGUAAAAGUUUGAAACCAAAUAAUAGUUCAGAACAAAGUGAUUUAUGUACACUUCAAUUGGUGAAUCGAGAAGUGCAAACAAAUAACAAUAGUAAUGAUCAUAGUAGGCUGGCUGAUAAAUCUGUGAUAAAUGCAUCAAAACCAGAUUCAUUAUUAAGGACAAGUGUAAAUAGUGAAUGUAAUAUAGCAUUAAGUAAAUUAGAUUACAAAAAUGACAGUAAUCAUACUAAUAAAGAACUGGAACAUGAACAAAGAUCUUUGAAAAUAGAAAACUAUUGCAAAUUGAACAAAAGCAGAGAAUAUAAUCUCACAUUAAGAAAUGAUACUUCACUAGACCAUGAAACAAGGAGCACUAAUGAUAUAAUUACAAACAAAUUGGAGAAACAACAUAUAAAUGAGACUCAAAAAAUCAAUAGAUUAUCUAACAAUAAUCCGAAUCUGAAUAUAAAUUUAAUAUGUGAUAGUUCAUCAGAUGCAUCAUAUGUUAGUACCACCACAGAGUCAAUUGGUAACCUAAAUAGCUAUAUCAAAGAUACUGAUAGGGACAAUUUUAGGGCUCUUAGUCCUCCAACAACCCAAAUCUUGUAUACUAAUAAUAAUCAACUUGCCUCAGAACCUUUAUCACUAGAUUUAUCACAAUCUGAACAGAGCUGGAAAUCAAUUGAAACUGAAAUCAAAGAAGAUAAUGCAGUUAUAUCUAUAUCACAGAAUAAUCAAAUUGAAGUUGAACAGGAAAAUAAUUCUCAGGCAUUGCCUAAUCAAGAUAAAGAGAGACAAGAAUUAGUAGAAACACCGUUACAUAUAUCUGAAAAUUUAAAAGAUGAAUUGCUUCAGCAUACACAUCCACAACCACCACCAUUACCUGGAAUGUCCCCACCGCCGCCACCCACGCCCGGAACAAAAUUGUCUGAUAAACUAGAUGAAAAACCAUCUGAAUCUCUCAUAAAAGAUGCUCCUCCAACAUCUGAAAGGAACUGUACAUUAUUGGAUGCAACAUCACAAUCUAUACCACCACCACCACCUAUGCCUGCUAUGGAUACAAUAGCUCCUUUACCUGAAUUGGCAACCGUACCUGGUACAACACCACCACCAACCUCUAUGCCUGAAACAGAAACAUCACAUAGUAGUAUGGUUCCACCUCCACCUCCUAUGCCAGACAUGGCAACAACCCCGUGUACUGCACCACAACCACCCCCGAUGCCUGGAAUGGUGCCCCCACCCCCAACAAUGUCAGGCAAGGCGCCCCCACCACCUCCCAUGGCGGGAAUGGCGCCACCACCACCACCUCCUAUGGCUAGAAUUGCACCACCACCACCUCCGAUGCCCGGUAUGGGACCACCACCUCCACCUAUGCCCUGUAUGGGACCACCACCCCCACCAAUGCCUGGUAUGGGACCACCACCCCCACCAAUGCCUGGUAUGGGACCACCACCCCCACCAAUGCCUGGUAUGGGACCACCACCCCCACCAAUGCCUGGUAUGGGACCACCACCACCACCAAUGCCUGGAUGUGGAAUACCUCCACCACCGCCUAUACCCGGCAUGGGUCCCCCACCUCCUCCCAUGACGGGAUUGGGCCCACCUACUGCAGGCAUACCACUACCACCGAAUUCCUUGCCAUUAGCCCCUGGACCACCCCCACCUCCUUCAGGACCUGUACCCUUCCCGACGCCACCUGUUGGAGGUUGGAAUAUGCAAAGAGCAACCUUAAGGAAAACGCCCAUAAAACCAGCCGCUCCCAUGAAACCUUUAUAUUGGACACGCAUAUUGGCUGCGCCUACGAUACGCACAGGACAGGGUGAAAUUGAUUCGGGAUUCAAACCACUAUGGCUCGAAAUCGAUGAGACGAAAUUGGACAAUAUUGAUGAAUUUACUGAUUUAUUUUCGAGACAAGUUGUAAAGGCACCCGUAAAGAAAAAAGUAGAAGUUAAAACAAAAAUUCAACCAAUAAAAAUACUAGAUAGUAAACGCUCACAAAAUGUUGGUAUACUUGCACAAAGUUUACAUGUAGAAUUUUCGGAGAUCGAGAACGCUAUUUACAAUUUUGAUACGUCAGUUGUUAGUUUAGAAGCUUUACAACAAAUUUAUGAAUUGCGCGCAACGUCUGAAGAACUAUCAAUGAUUAAGGAGCACCUUCAAAGCAAACCCGAUAUUCCGUUAGAUAAACCAGAAGCAUUUCUACAUGAUCUAUCGGGCAUACCGAAUUUCGCUGAACGAAUAUCGUGUUUUAUGUUUCAAGCUGAAUUUGAAGAUGCUGUGAACACAACUAUGCAUAAAUUAGAUAAUUUAAAAAAUACCUGUGAGUUCCUAAUAUCUAGCGAAUCUCUUAAGCAGCUAUUUGCUAUAAUUUUAACUCUUGGUAAUUAUAUGAAUGGAGGCAAUGGACAAAGAGGACAGGCUGAUGGUUUUGGACUUGAAAUAUUGGCCAAAUUAAAAGAUGUGAAGUCAAAACAGUCAACGGUGACGCUAUUGCACUUCAUAGUGAGAACGUACAUGCGGCAACAAGGCGGGGCUCUCUCUAGUAACUGCGUCUUACCGGUUCCCGAGCCUGGGGAUGUUUACCGAGCUGCCGCUUUGGAUUUUGCUGAUGUUGCCAGCAAUUUGACAGCACUGAGAGAACAACUUGAAGGAUGUAAGGAUAAAAUGAAGAGGGUAAUUGAGGCGGAUGCAAUUCGGAAUUCACCCGACGAGAUGUCGGGCGGCGAGGGGAACAAAAGAUUGGAAGUUUUCAAAGAUAAAAUGACAACAUUCAUUGAGGCAGCUGAAGAAAAGUUAAAGACUGAAGAUGAAAACUUGACAGAAUGUCGGAACAAGUUUAUAGCGACAGUCAGAUUCUACCAAUACACCCCUAAAUGUGGUAAAAUUGAAGAGUGUGAACCGAAAGAAUUCUUCUCACUGUGGACAUCAUUCUGCAGUGAUUUUAAGGAUAUCUACAAGAAGGAAGAACAGUUGGCAAUUAAAGAAAAGUUAAAAGAAACUAAAAAAAUGCAUGAAGAGAGAAAAGCUCAAGCACUAACUCAACCAAAAAAGGAAGGUGGAUUAAAGGCACGUCUGCAAAAAUUGUCCAGUGUCAGGAAAUGAUUUGCUCAUUUUUACUCCCAGUUGAGAUUCAGCAUUUGCUUUAUACAUUCCGGUAGCUUUUAUAUUUCGAAAUAGCCUAACGUAGCUACAUUACAAUUUUGUAAAUGAGGUUUUUUUAUAAAAUUCAUGUGAAAGGCUGUGCAACAUUGAAUUAUUAUAAACUUAAAUUAUUAUAAUAUUUAUGUUAUUACAUACAUUUUUAUAUAAAAGGGCACUGGCAACUAAUAAUGUAGGAUGUGAUCAACUUAGAAAUGUUAAUUAUAUACACAUGUUUAACUAUUUUGAAGUCUUUGAUCUGAUGUUUAUAUGUAAUACAAAUAUAUUGCCCCAUAUUGGUAUACUUAUCAGAAAAUAUUAUCAAAUUAAUUACAGAAGACAUGAUUAGAUGUUUUGGCAUUUAUAAGCAGAUAUUACUACUAAAGUAUAAUAAACUUUAAAGAGGUAUAUGCAAUAUGCAUAUAUAUAUAAUAUAUGCAUAUUAUAUUAAGAUAUAUACAUUUCAAUAUUGAUAGCAUAUCAAAUAAUUACCUUGUAUACUGUUUAAGUAAAAUGUAACUAUUGGAUACAAUAUGUGUAUUGUGAAAUUUCAUUAAAAAAAUUAUAAUUUUUUGGCUAAAGUAAUUUAGAUCAAAGAUACAUCAUAUAGUAUGAUGAUUUUGGAAUUAAAAUUACACAUGAAUUCAGAUAGUAUUUGAUGUUGCUGCAGAAAACUUUUAACAUAAAAAAAACUUAUGCCAACUUUUUUAUUAUGUCAUUUCGAAAUUUCUUUUC